AUGACAACUACAUAUAAAAAAGGUUUUACUAAAGAUGAGAUAUACCAAAAUGUCUAUCCUUUAUGGGCUUAUGCUCAUCUUAUUUUUAGUAUACCAAUUGUUUUGUUUACGGAUUAUCUUAAUUUUAAACCAAUAUUAUUAAUUGAAUCUAUCAGUUUGAUAGCAACAGGAUUUUUAUUAACAUUUGGAAAUAGUUUAUUUUCAAUACAAAUGACACAAAUAACUUAUGGUUGUGCUACAUCAUCAGAAAUUGCAUUUAUGUCAUAUUUAUAUACUAAAGUUUAUGAUAAUGAAAUUGCUUUUGUUACUGGAAUUAUUAGAGGGGUAAUAUUAUUAUCAAAAUGUCUUUGUACAUCUAUUGGUCAACUUGGGAUCUCAUUAAAAUGGUUUGAUUUAACUGUUCUAAACGAAACUACAUUAGUUAUGAGUAUUUUAUCAUUACCAUUUGUUUUAUUUGCUAUCUUUCCAAGAAUAUGUUUUAAAAAAGAUAAGAAGAAAAAUGUAAAUUUAAAUAAUGAUAUAGGAGAAAGAGAAUCAUUAAAAAUUUAUGAUAAAAUAAAUGAAAAAAAAAAAAGAGUACAAACAUUAAAUUUUAUUGAAAGAAUUAAAUAUGUUAAAGAUAAUCUUUCUGAUCCUAUAUUACUUAUAGUAUGGUCUAGUUGGUGGACUAUUACAUCAGCACUUAUUUAUCAAAUGUAUAAUUAUAUUCAAGUUCAUUGGACUCCUUUACAAUUAGAAAGUAUUCAUGUUUAUAAUGGAUCAGUAGAAUUUAUAAAUACACUUCUUGGAGCAUGUGUAACACUAUCAUUUUCAAGAUUAAAAAUAAAUUGGAAAAAAUAUACUGGUUUAAUAACAAUUUUUUCAACAAUUUUAUUUUCAUUUUUAUUUGUUGCUUUAGCAGAAACAACAAAUAUAUAUAUUUCUUACAUUUUAUAUAUUAUUAUAAAUGUAACAUAUCUUUUUUUGAUUGCUAUUGCAUCAUCAAUAUUAGCUUCAAUUGUAGAUGUUAAUGGAAUUGGAAUUGUUUUUGGAGUAGUUUCAUUAACAACAUCACUUCUUCAAUCAUUAUUAGGAUUUAUUUUAAUAAAUGGUAAUAUAUGGGCAUUAAAUACAAAACAACAAUUUUCUAUUAAUUCAUUAAUAUUUUUAUUAUCUUCUAUUAUUUUUAUAAUAAUUUCAUGUUUCAAUGUUAUAAUAAAUAAUAAAAAAAAAGGUGAAAUAAAAGAAGAAAAUUCAACUAAUAUAAAUAUUAUUAAUGGAAGAAAAUCAAAAGUAAUUCUUCAACAUAGUGAAAGUGUAUUUAAAGAACUUAUAUAA